AUGACGUCCAAAACGACUGACUUUGCCGAUGGGAGAAACCCUGCGCAAUUCGCUUCUGCAGGAAACCGAGAGCUCCAAAACGUAAACCAGACGCCUACCGGACGGGAUUCUGACGCGGGAAAUAAUGACGCCAAAUCCAAGCAACAGCCUGCCCAGGUUCGAUUCUCUUCUGUGAAUGAAGAAUACGAGCCAAAGGAGUCGCCUGCUGCACCUGGGAAUGAUGGGAAGCAGGAAGACGAUCUCCGGUCUCUUGCCGCUUCUCUUCAGAAGUCCCAGCUGCAAGAAGCUAGACUAUUCAACACUUCAUACGAUCCAGUGUCUCUUCCGACGUCAAGAGUCCCAUCUCAAGAGUCAAGCGAACGGAAUGGCUCCAACCUACCUUCAACUCAUACCUCCCCUCCAGCAUCAGCGAUGCAAUCACCCCCUCUCACACCAGCCGCAACCCAUUCGCGCGAAGCAAAAAACAACGAUCCCACACACACUGAACCGCCGCAGACGACGGCAAAGCAAGCUCCUCCUCUUCCUUCCCAACCCUCAGAAAUUACCCCUUCGGCUUCACCACCAACAAGCACACAGUCGAAAAAUGCAGUUGCACAAAGCGCGCCCAGCUCACGCCCUUCGUCAACUGAUCAAUUAUCAAAACAGAAUGAUGUCACCCAGACAUCUUCGCAUCCCCUCAAUGGAACACGACACCGAGCACAGUUCUUCGUUGGCCCCGAAGCAAGCUCCCGUGACGAAAGCCCGCCAAUGACACCUAGCGUGGCCGUUGACAGCUAUACUCCCCCAGGCGCGAUAACUCCGAUUGGCGAACCCAACGACCCUUACGCUCGUAGCAAGCGGCCACCCCAGUCGAAAAAUCUUACGCAACUCGACCCACGAUUUAUUUUCAACGGCCGUGACAUGAAGCGCAGACACCAUUCCGGGACGUAUCCUCGUCCGUCAACUGCGCGCUCCUCCAGUGCGACCGACCUCAAGGGCAACGAUAAGCGCGCUGGUAUCUUUGGUGGGAAGAAAGACGUGCGCCAGCCGGAGGCAGAAAGCAAGCCGCACGGUCAUAUGGCGGAGCUCAAGCGAUUCUUCAAAAUGGGCCACAAGCAUAAGCGCGGAGAGUCGCCUUCGUCAAAGAAAUCUAGCCGUUCUUCCGGAAAGACUACGCAUCAAAUGGCAACUGACAACGUUCCAUUUGCGGAUGAUCAUGGUCUCAACUCCAAGUAUGGAAAGCUUGGGAAGGUUCUUGGCUCGGGCGCAGGUGGCUCCGUUAGGCUUCUCAAGCGUAACAGCGACGGUGUAACAUUUGCCGUCAAACAGUUCAGGGAGCGUCAUUCCUGGGAAACCUUGAAGGAAUAUUCCAAGAAGGUGACUGCUGAGUUCUGCAUUGGCUCGACCCUUCAUCAUGGGAAUAUCAUCGAGACACUCGAUAUCAUUCAGGAGGGAAGCCACUGGUACGAAGUGAUGGAAUAUGCCCCGUUCGAUCUGUUUGCGAUUGUCAUGACGGGCAAGAUGUCUAAAGAAGAAGUCGCCUGUUCUUUCAAGCAGAUUCUGAGCGGCGUGGCAUACUUGCAUGGAAUGGGCCUAGCUCAUCGAGAUUUGAAGUUGGAUAAUGUCGUGGUCAACGAGCAUGGCAUCAUGAAGCUCAUUGACUUCGGAAGUGCGGUUGUUUUCCGAUACCCUUUUGAGAACGACAUUGUGCAUGCUUCAGGGAUCGUCGGCUCCGACCCAUAUCUAGCACCAGAAGUCUAUGAUGAGAAGAAAUACGAUCCCCGCCCAACAGAUAUCUGGUCUCUAGCCAUCAUUUUCUGCUGCAUGAGCCUACGCAGAUUUCCGUGGAAGCAACCCCGUGUCAGCGAUAACUCUUAUAGACUCUUCGUUUCGACACCGACACCAGGCACCCCGGUACCAGACGCCGACCCAAGGCGGCACCGUCCCGUCAAGUCUGCGCCGGACCUACAUGCUGCUGCCAUUGAAGACAAGGCUCCCCAGUAUGCGGCGGCCAUAAGUGAAGAGCCCUCGAAAAUUAUGGCUACACCCCCACGAUCCCCUGUCAAGCAAACGGCAGGUAACCAAGAGGAAAAUCGCCCCCCGGAGAACCCGCAAGAGAAACCACCGGCCAAAGACGCCAACUGUGACAAGGCCAAUGCCCAAAACAAACCGACUCGGACCACCAGCAAGGAGGCACCGCCACUACCACCCGGAUCCGCGCAAACGGCCGCUCAGCGUCAGGAAGUUAUCAAGGGGCCUUGGAGGCUUCUCAGGCUACUUCCCCGGGAAAGCCGCUACAUAAUCGGUCGCAUGCUCAAGGUGGCCGUGAAGGAGCGAGCUACCCUCGACGAUGUGCUGACGGACGAGUGGGUUCGGAACAUCAAGGCCUGCCAGCAGGAGGUGACUGGAGAAGUGAUUAAAGCUACUGGUCAUACGCACGUCCUCGAGCCUCCUUCUCCUAGUGUACCUGUGGCCAGUAAGGCCAAAUGA